CACACUCCACCGCGCUUUGAUACACCUGUGUCCUUCCCUACAAAUAUCGCAGAAGAACUCUAUCAUUUUGCGAAGGGUAUCCUUGAUAGCUGGGAUACCCGUAGCAAAAUCGAGCAAAAGAACUGUCUGUAAGUCUCCAUGGUUCUGCGAAAGUUAUUCACAAAGACUUGGUAUUUAGUUUUUAACCUUAUGAUUCUAUAUCAAAUGUAAGUGUUGCACUGAGUGGCAUCAUCAAUACCCUGGAUUCGGAGCUACAGCAGAAUUUUACAUGUUUUUCAGAUAUGGCCAACCAAUGCCUGAAUCAAGAACUUUUUACAGUCUCAAAAUCACAGGAAGCGAUAUUUCAGGGCCUCAAGUUAGAGCUAGGGCAUGGAGCCAUCGAGGAUCUUCGUGCCAUGAGGCGGUAUUGCAAGCGCCGGUACUGUGAUUUGGAGGAAGAGCGCGAUCAUGGUGCUUGGCCCGCCAGCGAAAAAGAUGCCAGGAACGAAGAACUAAAAAUCGUAUUGAUAAUGGAGCUCCUAGCGAAUGAGAUCAUAGCUAUGCAGAAUGUCCCAAAGGCCUCCGAACACGAAGAUGUAUUUAUUUGGAGAGGUCUGGCCAGGAUCUUGUAUGAUUACGAUCUUGUAGUGCGCGUCGGGGAGUUGGGGUCAUCGGCAACGAGAGAGGAUAGAGCCGCGAUGGAGCAAGAAUUUGGAGGGACCGACUCAAAUGUCCGAUCAAAGAAGAUUGACCUAAUGCACCAACUAUGCCUACAGGGGGUAGGUAAGCCAAUAGAAUUGAUAGCUUGGGAGGUCAAGUCCUCGUCAGUCUCUCCAGAUAUCCUGCAGAUCCAACUCCGAAAAAAUAUCAGGACAAAUGCAUCCAUCAUGAACAAUAUCUCGCAGUAUAUGGAACGUACGUUUCCCAGACCUUCGCCAAUAAUACUGGAUAUUGUUGGAUCCAAAGCGCUGGCAUACACUGUGAGGAAAUUCGAACCCGGUGCUUUUGGAGCAGGUGCUGUUGGGGAUACAAUGAUUCAGAUACCAAGGCAUGCCGAUGAGAUACCCGAGUUUUUAGAUGGAGGCGGCUUGUCUGCACUUUUGCGAAUUGGGGUAAGUUGAGCUUUUGAGUUUGAUUACAAACUUUUAACGUCUGCACAUCAAUCAUCAUUCCUUG